CUUCUGUGGACUUUUGACAGCCAGGUAUCCCAGAAUGCAUUACGACGUGCUGGCGUAUUGCGGAUGGGUGUUGACAGACCCAUAGCAGAUGAUUGGAAGAAACCCCCCACUCCUCUCCCCAACUCCUCCAGCCAAUCAGAGAUGGAGGCGGGGUCAAGGUUGCAGCGUCUGUGGGAACAAGAAGUGUCUGCGGUUGGUCUACAGAAGGCGUCUCUGACACGAGUCCUGUUCCGUUUCCAGAGAAACCGAGUGCUGGCAAUCGUCGGUCUCUCCGUCUUCUUCAUGUUGGCUCUGUUCUGUGGCUCAGGCGUCCUGGUCCAUGAGAUCCUGAAGUACAUCAUCAAACCGGAGGCGUCCACAGUUGGGGAGGGGCUCGGUCUGUGUUUCUGUCUCCUCCUUGUGGACUUCUCCAGGAGCGGGUGUCUCGCUCUGGUCUGGGCUCUGAACCUGAGGACAGGAAUCAGACUGAAGACAGGGUUCUGUAUGCUGGGCUUCCACAAGAUCGUCACUCUGAGGACACACUGUGGACUGUCUGUGGGACAGAUGGUGAAUGUUUUGACCAGCGACAGUUACCGGCUGUACGAAGCCGUCCUGUUUGGUCCUUUCCUGCUGCCCUUCCCCAUCCUCCUCAUCGUCAGCGCCAUCUACACCUGCACCAUCCUCGACCACACCGUCCUCAUCGGCUUCGUCAUCUUACUCCUCUUCUUCCUCCUCCAGUUAGUGUCUGCGAGGCUCAUCAAUCACUUCCAGAAGAAGGCGGUUGAGAUCACUGACAGUCGAAUCCGAAUCAUCAACGAGAUCCUCACCUGCAUCAAACUCAUCAAGAUGUACGUCUGGGAGAAGUCCUUCUACGGCAAGGCCACAGACAUCAGGAAAACAGAGCAGAGGAUGUUGGCGAAAGCUUCAGUCAUCCAGAACUUCAGUGUGACCAUCAGCCCCCUCGUCCCCAUCUUCGCCAUCAUGGUCACCUUCAUCGUCCACACGCUGCUGGGUCUUCCUCUCAACACCAGCUCCGCCUUUCCUGUCGUCACCAUCUUCAACAGUAUGAGGUUUAUUCUGUCCUUGUUGCCCACGACCUUCAACAUCCUGGCUGAAGCUACUGUGUCUGUGGAUCGACUCAAGAGGUUACUGCUGACAGAGAAUCCAGACUCGUACGUUGUCCGGAACAUAUACGACAAGUCAGCCGUGGUUGUCAUGGAGAAGGCCACGCUGUCCUGGACCAAACCAGUCCACCCCCCCGACACAGAGGACAGGGACGACAUGGUGUCAAAAAACCGACCCUGUGACGUGAUGGCGACUCUGAGGAACAUCUCCUUCACCCUGAACAAGGGCCAAUUGAUGGGUGUGUGUGGAAACGUUGGCAGUGGGAAGACGUCACUGAUCUGCAGUCUGUUAGAACAGCUCCACCUGCAGCAGGGCUCAGUGGCGGUGGACGGAUCGAUUGCGUAUGUGUCCCAGCAGGCGUGGAUCUUCUACGGGACGGUGCAGGACAACAUCCUGAUGGGGGAACCUAUGGACCGAUCCAGGUACAACAGAGUCCUGCACAGCUGCAGCCUGAAGGCCGACCUGGACAUCCUGCCUCAUGGUGACCAGACAGUGCUGGGGGAGCAGGGCGUGAACCUGUCGGGGGGGCAGAAACAGAGGAUCAGUCUGGCCAGAGCUGUUUACUCCAACAAAGACCUGUACCUGCUGGACGACCCACUGUCCGCCGUCGACGCCCACGUCGGAAAACACAUCUUCGAAGAGUGUAUCAAGACGGACCUGCUGGGAAAGUCCGUCAUACUGGUCACGCACCAGUUACAGUACAUGGAGUACUAUGACAAGGUCCUGGUCCUGAAGGAUGGGGUGGUCCUUGAAGCAGGAAAUCACUUGGAGCUGAUGAGGGCGGGGCAGCACUACGCUGAGCUCAUCACCACACACCUGACGGAGCAGCGGGUCACACCUCAUAAAGAAGAGAAGAAGAAGAAGAAGAAGGAGGAGGAGAUUAAACGUCACAUGGACGGAGGGAUCAUCAACCCAGCCUUUGAUGCGUCGGACGAGGACCUGGACGCUCCGUCAGCUGACAGUAAACAAGCUGCCGAUCAGCUGAUCAAUCAGGAGAACAGCAGAGAUGGACUGAUCUCCUGGAGAACAUUUCAUCAGUACUGUAAGGCUGCUGGAGGAUACUGUGUGUGCCUCCUCAUCCUCCUCCUCUUCAUCGUGCUGAUGACAAAUGCAGCUCUGAGUUACUGGUGGCUCAGUUACUGGUUACAUCAGGGACAUGGGAGCUCCAAUGUGACGUCAUCACAGCAAGGAGACGUGACUCUGAACCCAGAGCUCCACUACUACCAGGAGAUGUUUGGCGGGAUGAUCCUCAUCCUGCUUGCCAUCUGCGUCAUCAAAUGCGUCGCUUACGACAAAGUAUCGUUCCAUGCCUCCACCACGCUGCAUAACAACCUGCUGGAGAAGGUCAUGGCCAAUGCAAUGAGCUUCUUUGACACAACUCCGUCAGGUCGCAUCCUGAACUGUUUCUCCAGGUACCAGGUGGAGGUGGACACGUUGGUGCCUCAUAACCUCAACAUCCUGCUCAUGUUCUCUCUGAUGGGGCUCUGCAUCUGCAUCAUCAACGCACUCAUCUUCCCCGUCAUGCUGCUGCCUGUGUUGAUCGCCAUCCUGUUCUUCAUUUUCAUCCUCAAGAUGUUCCUGAGAAACGUCUGUGUUUUAAAGAAGAUGGAGAACAUGAGUCGCUCUCCGUGCAUCUCUCUGUGCACCUCCGUGGUUAAAGGCCUCAGCACCAUUCACGCCUACAACAAGACACACGACUACAUCCAGCUGUUUAAAAAACUGUCGGACAUCAAUGCGAAUCACUUCUUACUGUUUAACUACUCGAUGCGUUGGCUGUGUUACCUGGUGGACUCUCUGUGUGUCGUCAUGACGCUCAUCGUCUCUCUGCUCGUCGUCCUGACCUCCAACAACUUCUGCAGCGCCCCCAUGAAAGCCCUCGCUCUGUGCUACAUCAUACAGCUGACGGUGAACUCUCAGUACUUGAUCCAGGCCAUGAUCGAGGUUCAGGCCAGAUUCAUCUCAGUGGAGCGACUGCUGGAGUACAUCACGGGCUCUGAAUCUGAGGAGUCGCAGCAGCUGCAGGUGGAUCAGGUGUCGGAGGACUGGCCUCAACACGGAGCCAUCACCUUUCUGGACUAUAAGAUGAGGUACAGACCGAACUCACCGGUUGUCCUCAACGGGCUGCAGCUCCACAUCAGAGCCGGGGAGAAGAUCGGCAUCGUGGGAAGAACCGGCUCAGGGAAGUCGUCUCUGGCGGUGGCUCUGUUCCGGCUGGUCGAACCAGCUGCAGGAAGCAUCUUGAUAGACGGUGUGGACAUCACGUCCAUCAGCCUGUCUGAUCUGCGCACCAAACUGUCCAUCAUCCCCCAGGACCCUGUGCUGUUCACUGGGACUGUCAGGAAACAGUUUGUGUCCCAGAGAGAAGCUCUGUGUGUGUCUCUUUCUCAGAGUAUUGUCCUGUUGGACGAGGCCACAGCGUCCAUUGAUGCAGAGACAGACGCUCUGCUGCAGAUCACCAUCAGGGAGGGAUUUAAGUCCUGCACCGUCCUCACCAUCGCUCACCGCAUCAACACUGUGAUGCAGGCCAACCGCAUCCUCGUCCUCAACCAGGGAGAGUUUCUGUGUCCUGAGCUGUGA